CGCAAAAAAGUGAACGGAUUCCUGUCACUCUGGCGAAGAAGAAGCAGUCAAUGAAACGCACCCAGUCCAGGGGCAGCAGCCAGUGUUUACAUUCAGGCCGAAAAUGGCAGCAUCUGCGGUGACAGAUAAGAAUGAAGAGCGACGCAAACAGCAAGCACUAGAUGUUUUUCCCACUUUUCAUUCCUAUUCCUUUCCCAUGUAACAUGUUUGGGUAUCGAAGACACCGCAUAUAUCGGGAGUCAUCGCCAGACCAGUCUAUUGUUAUGUUGGGGACCCUUCCCAAUGAUUUCCUUCGAAUCACCCCAACCCAAGCUCAGUCGCAGGAAGAAGCUGACCGAGCAACAGCUAUUCAUCUGCAACAUCAGAUGAUGACUCGUGUUGGUCGUAUUCAGGUCUCUGUUGUGUCUGCAGUUCUGAACAAAAAUUAUGGAAUGACACGAAUGGACCCUUAUGUUCGCAUGAGAAUAGGACAUAAUGUCUAUGAAACUCAGACUGAUGUUAAUGGAGCAAAAAAUCCACGCUGGAAUAAAACUUUUCAAGUGUAUCAGAUGCCAAAAGGGGUAAAUAAUAUGAGAAUUGAAAUAUAUGAUGAAAGGACACUUACUGAUGAUGAAUUGAUUGCAUGGACUUCAAUUCAGAUUCCUGAAGCUAUAUAUCAGGGCGAAGUUGUUGAUGAAUGGUACAGUCUUACUGGCAAGCUUGGUGAUGGACUAGAGGGGACAAUUAAUGUCGUAUUAUCCUACUCUACUGCUCCAGCUCCUGUGGCUCCUGUUGUUAUGAUGCAUAACAUGUAUCCCUGUUCAGGGUUUGCUUCAGUGCCUGUUUAUACCAUGCCACCACCUCAGCAACCACAAAGCACCUCACCUCAGCCUCGACCCAUAUCAGAAGAAGAUCUGAAGCAGCUUGGUGAAAUGUUCCCAGCAGUGGAGUCAGAUGUAGUAAAAUCUGUUUUGGAAGCUUCGUAUGGAAACAAAGAGGUUGCCAUUAAUAAUCUCCUUCAGAUGCAGGACACUUGAACUUGACUGACUAAAUGGUUAUUUGAUGACAUAAUAAAUGAUACAUUGCAUUGUGUUUAAGUUAAUAUUCAAGGUUUAAUUUAUUACUGUACAGGGUAUAUAAUUUAGUCAUGACAUUUGUUGCCCCCUUAUAUAGUUGUUUACAGCUGAAAGUGGUAUAAAAAUUUAUGUACAUACACACACCUAAACCACUUGUGUAGUUUUCCAGUUUGGUAUGUGAGGUGUAUUUAAUUGCCAUCUUUGUUAUUUUAAUUUUAUACCAAGUAGAAAAUUUGGUGACGUGUAGCCCCAAAUAAUUAGAAGCCAUCUUUAGUUUUUGAGUUCAUAGGUUGUGAAAAUCUGUAUUUUGCAUUGAAGGUUUUUGGCUCGGUGGAUAUAUAUUUGUUAAGACUUAUUCUGAGGUAUUGUCAGUUUCACUGUAUUCACAGAAUAACACACUUAUGUUUUAAUAUUGUCAAUUGUUUGUUAUUUUUUAAAGCCAUGAGGUAAAAGCUUCCUCAUUCAUUCUAAAAAAAUAGUAAAAUCUGGAAAUUUACUUUGAAACCACCACAGAUUAAUUACAGAUACUACAAGCUGUUGCAUCACAAUUGAAAUUUUGAAACCUAACUCUGGCAUCAAGUGGUAUUCUCAUUGCAUUCAUCAGAAAAGUAAUUUGGUUCCUUGAAAACUGAAACUGAUCUGGCAAAUAAGACACUAACAGGGGUAUCUUGGAGGGAACUCAAACAGUUUCAACCGUAAGAUUCUUUUUGUGUGGAUCUAUUCCAAGAAGCAAACUGUCUAUUAAACUAUUUACACUUACCACCGACAUGGUACUGGCUGUGACAGUUGCUGUAGGUCUGCUCUGUGUAAUUUUAAAAUUUCUUUGUGAUAUUCUAAUUUUCUUUCUUUUUGCUGUCAUGCACACAGCAUUAAUUACUUUCUUUUUUUACUGUCAUGCACACACAGCAUUAAAUCACUAUUCUCCAUAUUUUCCAUUUAUAAGUCUUGACUGUUUUGAACUGAACACUGUUUGUACUCAUCAUUUUGUAUCACCCUUCAUGUUCAUCAGAUUUGCUCUGUUCAUGAAGCUAACAUUAAGUGAUUUGGGUAUUUCUAGGAGAUAUGAAAAGGUUAACUCCCCUUUAUACAUGCUGAAAAAGUUUAAUAAGAGAGAUUUAUAGAUUUACUGAAUUAGUUAUAUGAAGUUGUCACCACAGUAGCUUUGAAUUUUAGUUUAUUCUUCAUAUAUCUAACCCCGAGUUUUAUUUUUCAUGUUAUCCAUUUGUGAUUUCUGUUGAUUUUGAUGUUUAUGAACAAGUCUCCACGGCUGGGAUCUGUUUUUAGAAGUAAACUAUUUUGUCUAAGUGGUGCCUGUGCUUUUAUUGCUUUAGUAUAUAUAUGUAAUAUUACAGUGGUUGCACCUAAAUGGCAUAGCUGGAAAUGGUAAAAUUUAUCAAAUUUUAUCUAAAUACAAUGCAUAUUAAGCUG